UCCUGAUGAAGAAGCGCAAGUUUCUUUACCACUUCAAAAACGUCCGCUGGGCUAAGGGUCGGCACGAGACCUACCUGUGCUAUGUGGUGAAGAGGCGCGACAGUGCCACCUCCUUCUCACUGGACUUCGGUCACCUCCGCAACACGUCCGGUUGCCACGUGGAAUUGCUCUUCCUCCGCUACAUCUCAGACUGGGACCUGGACCCCGGCCGGUGCUACCGGGUCACCUGGUUCACCUCCUGGAGCCCCUGCUACGACUGUGCCCGACAUGUGGCCGACUUUCUGAGAGCGUACCCCAACCUCAGCCUGAGGAUCUUCACUGCGCGUCUCUACUUGUGCGAGGGCCACAAGGCUGCGCCCGAGGGGCUGCGGCGGCUGCACCGCGCUGGGGUCCAGAUCACCAUCAUGACCUUCAAAGACUAUUUUUACUGCUGGAACACUUUUGUGGAAAAUCAUGAAGAAACAUUCAAGGCCUGGGAAGGGCUGCAUGAAAAUUCAGUUCGUCUGUCCAGACAGCUUCGUCGCAUCCUUCUGCCCCUAUAUGAGGUUGAUGACUUACGAGAUGCAUUUCGUACUUUGGGACUCUGAUAGCAACCUCCAGGAACGUCACAUAGAAUGAAGUGUCUCUGCUAAAGAUAAUGGACAAAAGAACAAUCCUUUAAAUUUUGUUUUUCUUCAACUCUUACCUUCUCAGAGUUUAGAGAAAAAAUAUUUAUAUAUGACUCUCUAAUAGUAUCUAUGUCUUGAAAAUAGAGAAGGAACACAGAUGCACCAGGGUAAUGCUGCACCUGGUGCAGUUUUGAAUGCAUAUUGUCCCUUACCGGGAACAACAGGACUGCAGGAACUGGGAGCAUCCUGCAGUGUCAGUGUUCUAUGACUUUUAGGCAGGAUGAAAGCAGAAGGUGGAUCCUAAAAAGCCUGGUGAAAGGAUUAAAUGUUUUUAUAUCCAGAUGCUUUAUUAUUUAAUUCAUUUGAGUUGUCAAUGGUAUUAGUGAUAGGUUUUUCUACUCUUUUCUUUUGAGGUUCAGUUUCAAGUAACAUAAACUCUUCCAUUAGGCCAUGAUGUAUAGAACCAUCUAAUGAGAGAAUCUGGGUGACAGUAACCCCAAGCCAUCUCUCCAAAGCACUAACGUCCAAGCAUGUGCUGUAUGUUUUAAUUGUCUGCGGCAUGUUUUUAUGUUUGUACUUAAGAGGAUUUUUGGGGGGAGGAGAGAUUUUUUUUGGGAGGCAACCAUGGUCACCCUCAGGCUAUUUUAAUUGAAGGAUCUUAAAAUGGACGUGAG